CUCCGCGAAUUUAUACAACGUAAUUACUGAAGUUUUGCUGGUUAUAGUCUCGCUACAACCAUCAUAGAUACCAUCGAUCAGCCUCAGCAGAGAUGGAAGCAAUAUCAGCAUACAGUCUUGCAACCUGUGCCUGGCUGGGGGCGCAGGCUUUCCCCAUGCUCCUCACCCCAGGCUUCGUCAAUUCCAUGCUGGUUGAGGGCUAUGAGCCAGCGAGCUCAGUCGAGAUCUACACCCUCCGUCACCUAGGCCUAGCCCAGCUGGCGCUGAGCCUCCUCUCCCUCGCCCUGUCGGGCGUCCUCCCUCUCGCGCCCGCAGCCUCCGCCGACGAUUCCAUCUCACCCUACGCCGACGCCGCAGUCCUCCUGACGGCGCUGUACCACGCCGCCAACGCGUUCCACAGCUGGGCGCGGUGGGGCGCGACGGGCGGCUCCGCGGCCUACGGCCUCGGGUUCGUGGGCAGCGGCGUCCUGGCCGCCUUUGGGCUGUGGUGCCUAAUGUUUGCGGGCGACAAGGGCAGGAUCAGCAAGAGGACGGGCGCGGACAAGAGGACCAGUGGGUUUCCGUUUCGGAAUGUGGAGGCUGAUAAGAGGAAGGUAAGGUAGGGUUGGGUUUGUGUUUUGGCAGGGCAUGGGAUGCACUUGGGGGCGGUUGUGGGAUUGAAGUAAUGCUUCUGCGAUUUUUCGGUAGGCCAGCCGUCUUGGUUGUCUAGAUAUCUUACUAGUAUAGUAAAGGCAGGCGCGAUCAUGUUUCUGAGCAGUGCUUCAGUAUGUUGGACGCAGUAUAACCAUUUUUAGAAAAUCGUAGUCUAUGGGCCAUUCGGUAUGGCUUAUAUCUAAUCAUGGUAUUACAAGGCCUCCUGACAACCAUCUAUCAGGCAGACCCAGACAUUUUUUUGGGCUAUUUGUAGCAGCG